AUGAGAGACGAUUCCGAAACGUUCAAGAACUCCUUGGCUGGCCAAUCCAACUGGAACGCCUACGAAGGUGGCGACGAGAAGCCGCUCACCCCGGAAGAGAAGAAGGCCAAGAACGCCAAGGAAGACGCGGAAGCCGCGGCGAGACGCGCCGCCUCCGCCGCCAAGAUGGCGGCUGAGCGCAAAGCCGCCGGCGCCUAA